CGUUCGCGGACCAGCACGUCUCAUCGCAGCAUCCCAGCGUCCUUGUGUACUGUGCUUUUACAUGUAAAUACCGUAGCCGUAUUUUGUCCUCCGCCAUUCUCCCUUUGCCCUUUUGCCUUCGCUCCUGCCGCUUCCGGUCACUCGCCCAGCACUGGCCUUAGGAACUCCGCCUUUGCCUGUUAACAUCCAUCUGAACAACACAGAACCCAGCAAUGUCGACCACAAACCCUCCGCAGCUAUUCCUCCUCUCAGACCACAUCAAACUCUCUCUUCUAGAACGCCAACGCGCCCUUUCCCUGAAUCUACCCUCCAACUCCCAAGACGUCCAGAUAUCCCGCUCCCUCGACUCCCUACGCUCAGGCAUCGAAUCCCUCGAGUCGCAAAUCGCAGACGUCCCGGAUGACUCCAUAUCCUCCCAACUCCCCCGCCUCCGCUCCCAACUCGCAGACCUAACCUCGCAAUUCACCGGCACCCCCACCUCCCCCGGAUCCAGCACGACAACGCAAACCCCCAACAACCCCGGCCUCUCCGCAGACUUCGCCGCCGCCCAGACCCUCCCGCCAGCAACCAGCUCCCAAACGAAACCCCGCCAAGUCUCCAAAUCCGUCCGCUUCAGAGACGACGACGACGACGACUCCACCGCGGAUCCCAACCGCUCCCAACUCUUUCCUUACCGCGACAACCCUGCAGACGACGACGCCAUCCCCUCUCAGGACCAUCUAUCGAACCAACAGAUCCACGCCUACCACGCCCGCGUCCUGGAAGAACAGGACGCCCAACUCGACACGCUCAGCCAAUCCAUAAGCCGCCAGCGCGAGCUCUCUUUACAGAUUGGAGACGAGCUAGACGGGCAGGCGUUACUGCUGGAAGACGUCGAGGAGGGCGUGGAUAGACAUGCGGCGCAGUUUGUUCGCGCCAGGGGACGGUUGGACAGGUUUAGCAGGAAGGCGAGGGAGAAUUGGAGUUUGAGUGUUAUUCUGGUUUUGAUUGUUGUGCUGGUGCUGGUGAUUGUGAUUGUGAAAUAGGGAGAGGGGGUGGGGAAGUAGAGGUGCAAGGGCGCAAGGGGAAUUGCAUUUUGGGCGUUUGGUUUGGGAUGGUUUCUGGGAUGGGAUAUGCUUUGCUUCGGUAUGCUGUUCAGGGAGUUCAUAU